AUGCCUCAUGCACAUGGAAAUCCCUCCUCUUCAACGGCAAGGCAACACCUCAUCUCACCAUUCACCUUUGCCACCGAUUUCACCGUUACAAUCAAUGUUGACAAUACAGGGGAGAACGUGGAGUCGAAUGACAUCAUGAAACAUGCCAGAUUCAUUACAUGGCAGCCUAUCAACCCUAAUGAGCCAGUUGGUGAGUCAUCGAAUACUUCAGCCAAUUCAAUCCGUUUGCGUGACCCUACCAGCACUCAAACACUGUUGCAGCUUCCAUCCGGCACUAUAGCAUACAGUACUAGCCGUAAUCCAUGGGCUUCAAUUGAAAUGGGCCCUACAGCACUCAACCCAACCAAUGAUGUAACACUUUACUUCCCGGACCCAGCGGCUGAUGAAGUCCAAUAUGAUGAAACUGAACCAAAUACCGACCUUUCACUGGCAGCGUUGAGUCGUAGAAAGAAGAUCCGAGAAGGGAAACGACAGUGGGGAGAAACAUCCAUGGACAUAACUCCAGGAGAUGAUUUGGUAGCCCAACCUCCCUCGCCGGCCCGACAGUUCUCGCCUCCGGCACCAAUCCCUAAAGAGAUGAAUCCACCGCCGGCCAUGUACUCCGAUGAACUCCUCAACUAA